CUGCAGCGUGCAGACACCAUGAAGGCGCUCCUGCUUUUCCUCCUAUUAAACAUCUGCCAGACGUCAGCCUACAGCCGUGCCUCUUUGAAGGUCACUCCCAACUGGUCUCAGUUUUUUGAGUACGAGAAAAUCGCUCUGAGCUGUGAGCAGGUCACCUCCGGUGAAUGGACAGUGUGGAGAUACACUACAGAAGGAUCGCAGCUGUCUGACUGCACCUCAGGCUGGGGCACCCAAACCACCUCUAAGUGUGAAAUGAAGACAGUCAAACGGUCAAACUCCGGUGUGUACUGGUGCCAGUCGACACACGGACACAGCAGCAAUGCCAUCAGCAUCACCGUCAGUGGUUUAGAGAACCCAGUGAUCCUGCAGAGUCCCGCUGCCCCUGUGAUGGAGGGCGAUAACAUCACUCUGCACUGUAGAACAAAGAAUCCCUCCAACCUCCCAGCUGACUUCUUCAAAGAUAACACCCUCAUCAAGAGUGAGACCAUGAGUCACAUGACCAUCUACCAAGCUUCUAAGUCUGAUCAAGGUGCCUACAAAUGUCGCAUCAGAGGUCGUGGGGAAUCCCCACCCAGCUGGCUGCUGAUACAAGAUGAUGCCGACCCGCCCACUCUGACACCAUCUCCUAACUCAGCUCAGCUCUUUGAGUACAAGAAGCUGGAUCUGAGCUGUGGCGUUCCUGGAUGGACAGUGAAGAGGUUCACGACCUUCACCGAAGAGCUGUCCGACUGUCAGAAAUGGGGGAAUCCUUCUUCCCAUGGCUGCACCCUCGCCACGACCAAGCAGCCCCACAGCGCCGUUUACUGGUGCGAGUCUCCGACACAGCAGCGCAGCAACUCAGUCAACAUCAGCAUUUAUGCAGGUCGAGAUAACCCAGUGAUCCUGCAGAGUCCCGUCCUCCCCGUGAUGAAGGGAGAUCAUGUUACUCUGCUCUGUGAACCCAAGAACGCUCUCUCCAACAGCCCAGCCACUUUCUCUAAGGAUGACUCCAUCAUUGGAACGGAGCCUAGAGGUCACAUGACCAUCUUCAACGUCACCAAGUCUCAUGAAGGCGUCUACAAGUGUAACAUGAGUGUGGGAGAGUCUCCAUCCAGCUGGCUGUUCAUCAUAGAUCCUGAUGCUCCGGCCCCAUUUUCUCACAAAAGCGUGUCCUCACUGGGAAUGCUGCGCUACAUCUUUGUGUGCUUUCCAUACGCAAUCUCCACAUUCCUCAUGGUGUCCAUAUACCGCAGGUCUACAGGAAGAGACUCACGUGUUUCCAGGACGAUGGCUCCACCCACUGAGGAAGAUGAGGACCAACAGUAUGACGAUGUCAUGCCUGAUGUCACCACUGAGCAUAAUUUUUAAUGCAAACAUGUUGUUUCCUGGUCUGUCGGCUCUUAAUAACAAGAAUUCCUGGUCUUGGUUGAAAACUUUGCUCGUU